AAAACUGUCACACGCGCCUCAGCUCCGCCGAGCCGUCCGUGUGCUCCCCGUGCCGCCCUGCUCGCUCGUCCGCCUCCCCUCUCCCCCACCCCGCGCCACCAUGGGCUUUGUGGCGUGGCUCAAGACGCAGUUCAUCUGCCAGCUGAUGCUAGGCUACGUGUUCCUCAUCAGCGGCUUCAUCAUCAACUUCGUGCAGCUGCUCACGCUCGUGCUGUGGCCCAUAGACCGGCAGCUCUACCGCCGCGUCAACUGCCGCCUCGCCUACAGCCUGUGGAGCCAGCUGGUGAUGGUCCUGGAGCACUGGUCUGGCACGGAGUGCACGCUGUUUGCCGAACCGGGCACUGUGGACCAGUUCGGCAAGGAGCACGCCAUCGUGGUGCUCAACCACAACUACGAGGUCGACUUCCUGUGCGGAUGGACCAUGUGCGAGCGCUACGGCGUGCUGGGGGCCUCCAAAGUGCUGGCAAAGCGGGAACUGCUGAAGGUGCCCCUCAUCGGUUGGACGUGGUAUUUCCUUGAGAUCGUGUUUUGCAAGCGGCGCUGGGAGGAGGACCGCCAGGCCGUUCUUCAGGGCCUCCACAGGAUCCGAGACUACCCCGAAUACGUCUGGUUCCUGUUGUACUGCGAGGGCACACGCUUCACGGAGAAGAAGCACCGCAUCAGCAUGGAGGUGGCCAAGGCAAAGGGGCUGCCCGAGCUCAAGCACCACCUCCUGCCACGCACCAAGGGCUUCACGACAACCGUGCACUGCCUGCGUGGCAUGGCCGGAGCCGUGUACGACGUAACCCUCAACUUCAAGGACAACAAGAACCCAUCUCUGCUGGGGAUCCUUUACGGCAAGACGUACCAAGCCGACAUGUGUGUCAGGAGGUUUCCUCUGAAGGAUCUGCCUGAAGAUGAGAAAGAGUGUGCCAUGUGGCUCUACAACCUCUACCAGGAGAAGGACGCGCUGCAGGAGGAGUACAGCAAGACGGGCGUUUUCCCGGGCGAGUGCGUCAAGCCCAACAAGCGGCCUUGGGCCGUGCUCAACUGGCUCUUCUGGGCCACGCUGCUGCUCUAUCCCCUGGGCUGCCUCGCGUGGAACAUCCUGACGAGCGGAUCCGCCCUCGCCAUCACCGCGCUGCUCAUCGCCCUCACCGCCGCUUCCUUGGGUGUGCGUCGUCUGAUACGGGUCACGGAGAUCGAUAGAGGAUCCAACUAUGGGAACCAGGAGGUGAAGAAAUCCGACUGAAACAGCGGAAUGCUGGAUGUCCUUCUCGCUCAGUCACCGAUGCUGCGACAUACCAAGCUCGUACAUUGACAUGCUAAUCUCUCACAGUACAACAGCCACUUCCACAGCCUCAGGGAGACCAUCUCUAGCCCCGCCCUCUCACCCUGAGGCUGCACCAUCUCAGGCCUACACAAGGCCUCGUCUCAGCAGCUUUCUCUCACCUGAAGACGGUCGCUUGUGUUGCGAUCGAAACGUCGUCAUCUAUUUAUUUUGUCUACCUACGUGACUUUACCAAGAGACCCAAAGAGUAUUGUCAAUGUUGUGAUGUCAUAACGACUCUUUUUGAUGUUACUACUAAACUACUCUGCAGCACAGGGUAAAGGUUUCUUCAUGGUGUCUCGGUGAACACAUCACUAUAAGUGCAUGAGUUUUAAGAGUCACAUCGGGAAGAGGUUUGAAACAAUGUGCACUAUACUGAACACAAGAGUGAACAAAAUUUGCUUUUACCAGUGUAAAACCACUGAUUUCAACAAACGUUAAUUUGGAUAAUUCUGCAAGGUUACAUAAAAACCACGUGUAACAUCUUGCUGUGAUGUGAUGUUAUUCCUGGUCGAAAUAGUUGUCACAUUUAUUUCACAGAUUUACACUGGAUGAAACGAAUGCACUUCAGAAUUUCCCAAAACCAGAUGUUUUCAAAAUCUGCCUGUGAUAUUGUCUUGCAAUGCCACAUUUGGAACAGAUGUCAUGAAGUCAAUAAUUAAUUUUCACAAGCUGGGGUGAUAUCAUUAGUGUUUUUACGUAGUGGUCAGUUAUGAGAAUGCGGUGCUAAAAAAUCCUACCAACAAAAUAGUGUUAAGCAUAUAUUUCAUAAUAACAAGUUGGAUGCAUAAGGUGCACCUAAACAAUGGAUCUCACCGCCAUGCAUAUAAAGGAUGAAAAUAAAUCAGAGGUAACCUGGGAGAAAAAGACUUGGAGAACUCGAAAGAGGAGGUCUUUUUAAAUAGGGGUUAGUCUUCAGCUGGUACUUAAAAGUCUCCAACAACUGCAAAUUCCUAGCCUCAAUUCAUCUUGUUUUUAUAAACCAAUCAUGUUAUGGGAAAAGGUGCCUUUAUGUUAAGAGCCGCUGUACAGUAUUUACAAAUAAAAUACAAUGCUGAGUGUGUCGACUCAAGGGGAUUUUAUGCAUCUUGUUCUCAAAACGCGCUGGUCGGUCCAAUGUAUGUCCGCUGCUGUAAAGAGAUGGUGUGGUAUAUGUGGCUGGCUAUUGCACAUCGCGAUCACGGAACACACCGCAGCUGCAAGGCACUUCAAACCAGGCUCGUGUGAGGCUAUCAUCAAAAUCAUACCUCUAUAGGCCACCGGAUUGGAGCUGCUCUUGCUUGCACUGGUCACUUGUACAAGUCCCUUAACAUAGACAACUGUGAAAAGAGCUACAUAGCUCAUCGGAUUCUUCCAGUCUAAAUACAUAUUCUGGUUCUGUUGGCAACCUGCCUCCAAAUUCAGCUGCAUCUGCUUUAAAUCCACCGAGUGUUUUCCUAUCGACCACUUAGCUGAUUAAAUGUUUUAUACUCGUAUGCUUUAGUUUCCUCUCAAUGGAGACUCAAGUAGUAUUUUCUCUAUUAAUGGUGGUAGGGGCGUUGCCUCGAGUGGAAAUGUAAUCGCUUUUGGAAGCAAAGCAGUGCUAUGCCUGAACUCUGUGGUCUCUGUCUGAAUUUGUUCCAAAUAGACAAGUACAGUUAACUCUCGGUCAUUCAUGGGCAUAAAAUCCAGGUUUGUGGAUUAUCAAUGGGAAAGUGUAACAAUAUCGUACAUCACACACUCAUUCACGCCUUUUAAACAAAUUAAGUUUAUAGUAUUCGCUGCAGAUGACUCGUGGCUCAGUUAACAAUAAAAAAAACACGAUGAAAACAAGUGUUUUCACACUAAUUCUACACAAGUAAACAAUAGAUUUUUGUUAAUGGCCUUUUUUGCAUUCAAUUUAUAUUAUGCAUGUUUUUAUGUCAUGCAGCCUUUCCCUUCCCCCUAUUACCCUGGAUAAUCGAGAGGUGACUGUCCUGUAUUACACAUAGGCUUUUGCGACCAAUGUUAUCAUUCAUUAUUGAUAUUUUGGUUCAGAUCGUGCGCGUAUAAUGGCAAUGUGUGUUAUACACCCUCCUCCACCCGACAUUGGCCAAUAAAUAAAGUCACGUGGACAAGCCUGCCAUUUUCUAGCUUCAGCACACCACCAGUAUGUUGAAGAGCAAUCCACAAAAUUGAACAAAUAGGUACGACGUUUCACUGGCAAUUAUAUCCAGCAACAUCAGGUUUGAGAAACACAUCCUCCCUAUAGAGGUUGGUAAAUUCUAACAUGGAGAGGCUUUUGCGACUAAUUGUUUUGUUUGGUAACAUUGUGAGUACAAUGCCAAAAUGUGUCAUACACCCUGCUCCACCCAACACAGGAUGACGACUGCAUUCUGCUGUGUCAGGUGGGAGUUGUAUGACACACAUUGGCACUGGACUCACGCGAUCAGACCAAAAAAAAAUCUGUUAUAGAUCAUGACGGUUCUGUGUUUAAAUAUUUUAACACUCAAAAUAUAAAAUGAAUUCCACCGGAAUAAAAGCUUUCAUUUCAAAUA